AAUAUUCCCCAUAAACCCUAACCCCAAACUCCCCAACCUAAGACAAAAGCACUUGUUUUCUUUCUGUCCAAGCAAAUUUUCCACCAUAUAUUUUCCUCAGAAAUCAUUUCCGCUCUUCAAUCCCAAUCCAAAUCCCUUCUCCAUCAAUUCUCUUCCGUCAUGUUCGCUCACAGGGUCUUGUCCCGUUCCUCUGCCACCCUUUCUCGAAGCUUCACCCUUUUCUCUGUUUCACGAAAUUCCCAACCUUCAUCCACCACCCUCUCCAAUCAUUUCCAUUCCCUCCUUCACCCAUCACCCAACAAGCUGAUUCCAGUUCAAGCCAGUUUGCUGAAUCCAAUGAAUUCAUCUUUGACUUCGAGAUUCGGAUUUUCUUCAACAGCCUCACCCGAACCUGCAAGUGAAGAAGCAAAGGUAACUGAUCAGUCUGAACAAGCCAAAGCUGCGGAUCAAACCAAAGAAUCAGAUAUAGAGAGUGAAUGUGAUCUAUCCAGGGAUGACUUGAUAAAGCUUGUUGCUGAGAAGGAACAACUUUUGAAGUUGAAGCACAAGGAAAUUGAGAAAAUGCAGGAUAAAGUUCUGCGAACUUAUGCAGAGAUGGAGAAUGUCAUGGACAGGACAAGGCGCGAAGCAGGGAAUUCGAAAAAAUUUGCUAUACAGAAUUUUGCGAAGAGUUUACUAGAUGUUUCUGACAAUUUAGGAAGAGCUUCCUCAGUUGUAAAGGACAGCUUUUCGAAAAUUGAAACUCCUAAGGAGUCUUCUGAAGCAGCACAACUCCUGAAAACACUUCUAGAAGGUGUUGAAAUGACAGAGAAACAACUUGCAGAGGUACUUAAAAAGUUUGGUGUAGAAAAAUUUGAUCCUACAAAUGAGCCAUUUGAUCCACACAGGCACAAUGCCAUCUUCCAAAUCCCUGAUGCUUCCAGGGCCCCGGGCACUGUUGGACUUGUUCUGAAGGCAGGAUAUAUGCUCUAUGAUCGAGUUCUUCGUCCAGCCGAAGUUGGUGUCACUCAAGAAGUGGAGGAUAACAAAGCAUCUGAGUGAUGAUGGCAUGAAGAAAUGCUUGAGUAGUGGGUUCUUAUUGGAUACCAUUCAAUGUUUUUCGCAACAUGCUUUUUCUCAACACUAGUUCUCUUUUGCUGGACUCUAUUUUGUCCUGCACGGGAAGGAAUUCUUUUCUCCUACUAUUGUUCGGAAUUUUAGUUUUCAAUAACUAAAUACCAUGUACGAUGAGCUUGAUUCCAUGAGAUUUUGGUAGUUGUAUACAUGCUAUUUGCAUGUUCAUUAUAGUAACAUCUUUUGUAGUGGGACCUCUUCAUACCCGCACUCAAUUCAGGAGUUCUAGUUCCUUUCUCUUUGCAAAUCAUAAUUUACAUGUGGUGAAGAACACUCAAUUAUAAGAUUUGAAGAUAGUCAACA